AUGGCGGCGGCCGGGCCGGGCCCGGGCCCCGGGGCCGGCGGGGCGGUGAAGACGCUGGCCCUGGUACUGGAGGACGAGGCCCGGCGCGGCGGCGGGGGCGGCGGCGGCUACUGCAGCGGGGACACGGUGUCCGGGUGCCCGGUCAGCGGGGACAUCCCUUCCCCGCCGCGGUGGAGACCCUGGGGCCGGGGUAACCGCAGCCCCCCCAGCCGCGCCGGUGGCGGUGAGGAAAGCUUAAUUCUCCUUGAUGGAAGACAUGAGUUUCCGUUCAGCUUUCAGCUCCCUCAAGAACCUCUGGUGACCUCUUUUACUGGGAAGUAUGGCAGUAUUCAGUACUAUGUGAAAGCAAUUCUGGAGAGGCCUGCAGCGCCCGAUCAGAGCGUACAGACUGAGCUUCAGGUCAUUAGCCAUAUCGACGUCAGCUCACCAGCUUUACUGACACCUGUUCUAAGAAGUCAGGAGAAGAUGGUUGGCUGUUGGUUUUUCACCUCUGGGCCAGUGUCUCUCAGUGCCAAAAUUGAGAGGAAGGGAUACUGUAAUGGGGAAGCCAUACCAAUCUAUGCAGAAAUUGAGAACUGCUCUUCUCGUUUGAUCGUUCCAAAAGCUGCCAUUUUCCAAACACAAACGUACCUGGCCAGUGGGAAGACCAAAACCUUCCGUCAGAUGGUUGCCAAUGUCCGAGGAAACCACAUUGCCUCUGGGAGUACAGAUACCUGGAAUGGGAAAACUCUGAAAAUCCCACCUGUAUCCCCCUCUAUACUUGACUGCUGUAUUAUUAGAGUAGAAUAUUCAUUAGCUGUGUAUAUCCAUAUUCCUGGUGCUAAGAAAUUGAUGAUUGAGAUGCCUCUGGUGAUUGGCACUAUUCCAUGUAUUGGAUUUUCAAGCAGAAACUCCAGCAUUACCAGCCAGUUCAGUAUGGAUAUGAGCUGGCUGGCACUGACCAUGCCCGAACACCCUGAAGCACCACCAAAUUACGCUGAUAUAGUGUCUGAGGAAGAGUUCUCCAGACAUGUUCCUGCUUAUCCACUACCAAUUGACUGUGAGGAACAAUUGUGUUGUCCUGUCUUUGCUUACAUACAAGAGUUCCGGUUUCAGCCUCCACCUCUUUAUUCAGAGAUUGAUCCACAUCCAACUGAUGUAGAAGAAGUUCAGCCUGUUUCGUUCAUGCUCUGAAGAGGAUUUGUAACGAGCAUCAUUGUGAUGAAUGUCUUAAUCUUUCUGCUGCUUAAGCUGAUAGUGCAGCUAAAAAGGAAACAGUUUUCUUUUUCAAAACUUAAGGUUGUGUACAAGAGAGGCAAAGGAAAAUGAAGAGGGAGGUAUGAGCACGUUUGGUGAUGGAAGAGAAUCUGCUGGAUUAGUCUGCACAGAGGAUAUUGUGGGAGCAGCUGCUUGAGAAGUACCUGGAAGUGCUGAAUGCUUCUAAAAAGUGGAUAUACUACAUAAAGUACAAGGAGAUGCGUAAGGGUCUUCUGAAGAAAAAAUAAUUUAUAUUUUGUUUGGAACACUCCGGAAGAAUUUACGUAAUUAUGUUGAUGUUGAGAACUUCUGUGGUAGAACUUGCGUAGUAGAACAGAAUGUGGGGUAAGAAAACAUUUCCAAAAGAUUCCAGUGUUCAAGGGGCUUCAGUUCUGCGCUGUCUGCAUCCAAGAAAGGAACACUACGAAAACGUGGAGUGAAGUCUUCACACUACCAUAACUCUCUAUUUCAUGAGAACCUGCCCUUCUAACAACUGCCAAGUGGUACUAUUUCAUCAUUCAUAAUGAUUCUAAAGACAUCAUGGAUGAAAGAAUAGCUAUUACGCAAUAUCAUGAAGGCAACCAUUUACUGAAUGAAAGACACAAGUAUGUAAAAGAAAAUUGAACUUUGAUAAGAGCUUAUGCACUAUGCUUUCUUUCAAGGGAUUUCUUAAGGGAAUUAUUCUAGCCUCUUCUACUGUGAGUUCUUUUUCUGCAUCUUAAGCCUAUGGAUAGCAUGAUAAUGGGAAGCAUGGCAAGGGAGAAGCCUUUUGCCAGCAGCAGGUGUACUUAGCAAAAUGGACAAUACUUAUUUAUUCAGAAGCCUUUAUAAGCCUACCUCUGUUUUGGAUAUUUACUUACGGUCAGAUUUGAGACCAAAAAAAAAAGUCUUGUUAAAGCUCCAGUAUACUUCAAGGUUCUAAAAGGGACCCUAAAUGGUUUCUGUGGUUAGUGAAUGAGAUAGGAGGCGUAGGGAGAGGUGUAAAUAUACCCAGAAUAGACAUAGCUUAUAACUGAAGUGAAAGCAGACAUCGGGGGAGCAAAAUCCUCUGAUAAUGGCACAAAGCUUUUCAUUACUCCUGCAUUUUUGUCUAGAGAUCUGUUGUCAGGGGCUGCACUGGUCAUUUGCUAUCCAGACUAUUUUUUGUUUGUGUGUUUCCUUGUUUGUUUUUGCUGUUUAACUUUGUUUUGGUGCAAUAUUUUAAUGUUUUCUUCCUCAGGUCAUUUAGAACAGAGUUGUUUGCUGCUAAGAAUUGAAGGCACAGCAUUAUACUUGGGCCCUUCUGCUGCCUUCAUUUAAAGUAGAAUGUUUGCUUCCUGCCAAGCAUCAAUUGGAAUCAGUCAGCCACCAUCAAAAAAUUAAUUACAGGAGAAGAAACACGGCAUUCUCAAUAUGCACGUUUACAGUUGAGUCUCUAAACUACAGGGGAUUUCAAACUACUAGAACUAUUCCAUAUGUCUUACAGAAGGGUUUGGGGUUAACCCGGUGCUUCACAUGGUAAAACAUUGUACUUUCUGAGAACUACAAGAACAGUAACUGAGUUUCCUUCAUUUCAUCGAUAACUGCAGUUUAAAAAAAAAAUUAAAUUGUUUUUUAUGAGAUCUGUCUUCAUUUAAGAAGCAGGGGGUUUUCUACAGGCAUACACGGAUAUAUAUUUUUAGUCUUCUUUUAGUACAACUUCCUUACAUUGUCUGAUUUCUAGCACUUCACCUCAAGUUACUUUUACAUCAGUGUGAGACAAACCGAUUGAGAUUCACGUUUCCAAACUGCAGUUACUUUUUUCAUUUGCAACUUUAAGUAUCAUCUUCUAUAGCAAAUGCAGCUUUAACCAAAAUUUGAGUGCAUGUUUUUGAAAGGACAUUCUAAAAAUAAGUAUUUAUCUGCAAGUCUCGAGAUGUAGCUCUCAUGCCUUUUUUUUUUUUUUUUUUUUAAGGG